CGAGAUGUCGUCGCGGUUCGACAGGUCUUCGCUCCAAGUAACCUAGUGCAGGUUAGCAGGCAAAGCAGCGUCCGCAGCAUCCGUCGUUGAUGCGGUUGAUGCGUCUGUGCGCGCCCCCGGAAGAAGAUGAAGAACGAUGAUGGGUGAUCAGUUUCGCAAGGUGGAACAGUUCUCGCCAAAGUCCUCACCACGGGGCGCUCGCUCCCCGGUCGUUUCGCGUCAGGACUCGUCGGGCACGUUAAAAACGACCAUUCUACUCGGCAAGAAUCCCUCGAUCGUCCCUAGUGGGCCUUUCUAUCUACUGAAAGAACCACCAGGGGAAUCAGAACUCACAGGUGCUACAAACUUGAUGGCACAUUACAACCUUGAGCAUUCAUACAGUAAAUUCAGCGGUAAGAAGCUCAAGGAACAAUUGUCAUCAUUUUUGCCUUCCCUUCCUGGUGUUAUUGACUCACCAGGCCAACAGGAUAACAGUUCACUAAGGUCUGUGAUUGAUAAACCACCUAUAUGUGGAAAAGAAAUUCUGCCACUAUCUAGUGUACAAUUAGAUGGAUUUCGGCUACAUCCAGGGCCUUUACCGGAACAGUAUCGUUAUGCGAAUCAAGCACCAAUCAAAAAACACAAGAACAAACAUAAGAAACACAAGCAUAAAGACGGAAGUUUGCAGAGUCAAGAAGUUGGACCGGUGGCAGAAGCCGGUCCCGAUACACACGAGAAGAAGCACAAGAAGCAGAAGCGCCACGACGACGAUAAGGAGCGCAAAAAGCGGAAAAAAGAGAAGAAGCGCAAAAAACAGAAGCAUAGCCCUGAGCAUUCCGCCGGCGGUAUGACGCCCAGCCAGCACGGCAGCAACUGAACGAAAUCUUCCGCUUUUACUGACUCCUAACAAUUCCAAACGAAUAUCCCAAGAAGUCAUUUUAUCCUACCUAUCCUAGACAAUUCCUUCUCAUUUAAUAUUCACGUGUUCCUCUAAAAAAUGAAGAUUUUUUAAUGAAUAUUUGUACAGAAAGCUAAUUCUAACUCAAUUGAUCUUAAACAUAAUGCAAAAAUGGUUAAUAUUGUUAAGUCUUAAAUUAAGUUAAGAGAGCUAUCUUAUAAGUGUACCAACGAUAGUGGAUGCGAUACGAAAUAUGAAGAUACCUUUGCUAUUUA